CCAAAAAUCUUUUUGGCGCGUUAUUCAUUCCUCCCUCUUAUUUCAAUUGCAAUCCCUAACUUUCUCUUACUUCACAUAUCAGGAACUUUACCACUGCAUCUCACUUCAGCAGAAUCUCUCCCUUUCUCUCUAUAGCCUUCAAUCUCUCCUGCUUUUGAAUAGAUCUAGUCGACGACUGGAAUUCUUCCUUAUCAGGGCAAGCACCUUCGGUAAUGUCCACAUCACAACGGUGAUAUAAAUAAUUGUUCUACUUUCAUCAAAUGGAGUUACGGAGUUGUAAUCAUUUACAUUUUAUCUGGGUUGCUAAAGAUGGUUUGGCAACAAAAGCCCUGAAUGUCUACCGUGGAAGGCCAGCACUCAAGUUCAAGAAGGUCAAAGAUCUAUAUGGAACUGAGGAUGCAAAAACCUUUAAUCCAUUGCCAGUGUUUAGACCAAAAGUUGAGUUUGAAUAUGACGAGGCAGAAAGUCUGCAUACACUUGCAGGAGAAAGAACAAUAAAAGUUGAUGGUGAGACAUCAGAGUCUAACAUCAAAGGUAUCGAUGUUGGAGAAAGGGAAAUAGAUGAUCAUAACUUUGGCAAUAUGACACUGAAACAAAUUAAAGAGAGAUGUAAGGAAAAGAGAAGGAACGCUUCCAGAUAUGUUGGUUUGAGUAAAGAAACUACUGAAACUUGUUCCCUUGGAAAAGGGAACCAUUUUAACUCACAGUCUGAGGAAGAUGAGUAUGAUAUGAUGGAGCCACUCAGCUGUUGGAAAUCCAGAAUUCUAAACAAGAUGAAGACCGUGAGAAAGGGCAGAAACAGAAGUGUUGUUUCAUCUCAAAAAGCCAUAUCUAUUGUGAAGCAUGAGGAAAUCACCAGUCAUGAAGUCAUCUUUCAAUCUAAUGAAAAUUUGCCUGCACCUACUGACGUUAAAGUUGAGGUUUCUGAGCUUACUUCAAAUUGCAAAGAUAUGAUCAUCACUGCUGCAAAUUCCUCUUUCAACUGUAAUAAGCCAGAGACCUGUUGUGGAGAGGAGCCUACUGAAGAGUAUGAGGCAGUUAAUAAUUAUAGUCUGGAGGCUGGAUCGUCAAUGAGAACCAGUGAAGUGCCCGAUACAGCUAAUGGCUCUGUUUCUGAAACUGGGAUAUCUGUGAUAACCAGUGAAGAGUUGACAACUAAUGCUUGUGGUUUUGAGACUCAGAUGCCAACUUUCUUUAGCAAUGAGCCUCAAUACUGUGGUACUAAUGAAGAAUACUAUGAAUAUUUGGAGCAUGAGGAUCCUGAAUCAAUUCCCAAUGUAAAAUCCUCAGGUGGGGAGCCUCAAUACUGUGCUACUAAUGAAGAAUACUAUGAAUAUUUGGAGCAUGAGGAUCCUGAAUCAAUUCCCAAUGUAAAAUCCUCAGGUGGGGAGCUACUGAUGGAGGAUACUGCAGAAGUGAUCAGUAAUAAGUUUUCAGAUUUUUCUCUAUCAGAGGCAAAGGAAGAAGUUGCUUUCGUAGAUCAACAUCCCAAAAAUGACUCCCCUGAAACAGUUUCUCUAAGUGAGGUUUACAUACCUGUGUUGCACCCUGAAACUUUACCUUGUGUGCAUGAGAGCUCAUGGAAGCUUAGCAGUGGCAUCCAGGUUCAAGUACUUGAUGUCCCCAUUAAUAAUAGCCCUCAAGGCGUGGAGCUUAGCAAAAGAAAUGAUUCAUGCCUCCCCCAUGAUGAAACUAAAGAUGAUACACUUCAUGUUGGAGCCAGUGUCAUAAGCAACCCUGGCAGAGAAUGUAGUGCAUUUUGGAAUGCAAGUUUACAUUCAAGUACAAAAGGCAGUUUAGAUUCUAUCCUUGAUGAUUCUCCUAUAGACGAGAAAAUGCGAGCACCAUUAACCGCUCGUGUUGAUUCAAGCAGAAGCUGUUCUACAGUGAUCCAAUUAUCUAUUGAUGAGCCUGUGUUAUCCGAAAGGGUGGAGGAUUGUCAUCAUUCAAAGAUGCAACAUCCUCCUGAAAGGCUCUUCUCAACUAGAAUGGCCAUCUCUCCAACUUCUCAGAAAAGGCUACGUGAAGCUAUGGUGUCCACUGAAUUAGAUGAUGAGCAAUACUACAGAUAUGCAAGGAAGCUGUGCUAUAGAAAACAGAAUGAGAAUAAGAAUGGUAGACUUGAAGUGUCCAGUCAAAUCAAGAGAGCUGAAGUUAUCAUUAGCCCUAAGAAAGUUGUUAGGAAACCAAAGGCAGGUAACAAUGGUUUCCAUCAAAAUGACAUUCUUAAGGUUCCUCAUCCAUCUUGUGCUGUACAAGGUUCUAGCACUGGGCGCACCUCUGUCCGAAGUUCUUCAGAGAGUGCCAUUUUAUUCUCACAGCAACAGAUGCGAGACAUUGAAUCUGUUGCAACUAAACUUGCAAAAGAGUUACAAUUCAUGAAGUACAUAGUUGAAGAAACAUUGCAGUCCAAUGUCUAUCCUGCUACAUCCUGGAAAUAUAGUGCAGAUGAGAUGAGACUAGCCGUACAAAAUGCAACAAGAGUUGAAGAAAGUGCAAGAAGAUCUCUUUCUGUAAUGGCAAGGGACUGCAACCGUUUUUGUAAAAUCAUGAAAUUGGCUGAGAAAGGUUCUGCUGCUUCCCAAAAUGGAUUAUGCAAGAAGAGGAAGAUUGUUUUUGCUGAUGAGGCUGGUGGAAAGCUAUGUGAUGUCAAGACUUUUGAGGAUGACAAUGGCUUCGCUUAUGAAGCCUACGACAGAGAAAAUGGCAACCCUUGAUUAAGCAAGGGAUGGAGAUCCCGCUUGCUGUUCAAUUGUACAUUUAAUUAUGGUGUUCAAGUGCCAAGUUGAUGCUCAAAAUAGAGGGAUAAAAUCUAUGGGGUUGUCGAGGCAUAUGUAGACCAUGGAUUUAAUCGUGGCUGUAGGAGACAUUUAUAUACCUGCUAACGCCCAUAAUGUAAUGGUAUCACUGUGUAGAUUCUUUUAAAAAUAAUUUGUAAAAUUCAUUAAAUAAAUAGAUUUUUAAAAAUAUAAUUAAGAUA